AUGCUGUCCACCAGCGCGCGCGCGUGUGCUGUCGUCCUGCUCGUGCGACUGCUGUGCGUUGUGUCGGCGACGAGCUAUAUCUCGUCGUUCUCGGAUGCUGCUUGCACCCAGCUGCUCAAUGAGUGGGACGGUCCAAACGGCUAUCCCAAUGGCUCGUGUACGAGCAUACGCACCAAGGCUCAAGGCCAGGUUGAGAGUUUCAUGAUCACUGCCACUCUUUACACCAGUGAUGGCGAAGACAUGUGCAGCGAAAAUGCCAUAACUUUCCUGGCCGAUGUGCAGACCUGCUACAACUCUUCCUGGGUCUACUACAGCAUCGAUUCUUGCACGCCAGGCGGCACAUCCUACACCCGCCCGUCCAGCUCCGAUUCGGGCGAUAACAGCACGCUUAUCGGUGCAAUCGUUGGAGGUGUCAUCGGCGGCGUCACGCUUUUGGCACUGAUCCUUCUCGUCCCGCUGUUCUUCUGCUUCAUCCGGCCGCGGCGAAAACUCCUCCGCGAACAAAAGGCCGCACUUCAAGCCUAUGAGCUGCAGCUACAGCAGCAACAAACAUCCCCCAAUCAAUCCAAAGAGCCUUCAGCCUUCCACAUCCCCGCAGAACUCGGGCCAGGCCAACCGAAACAUGAGCUUCCGGAAACGACAAAAUCCCAUCCGGUCGAGCUUUCAGGUCCAUUCGACCGCAACAUGUCGGAUGAGGAGAAGGGCCUGCAUAUGAGAUAA